AUGUCCAAACCCUCCGACUCCCACGUGGCGGUUCUCGCUUUCCCCUUCGGGACUCACGCGUCUCCUCUCCUCGCCGUAAUGCGCCGUCUCGCCACCGCCUCUCCUUCCACCGUCUUCUCCUUCUUCAACACCGCGCAAUCCAACUCCUCCUUAUUCUCCGACGAUGGAGAUCGGCCGGCGAACAUCAGAGUUCACGACGUCGCUGACGGUGUACCGGACGGAUACGUGUUCACCGGGAGACCACAGGAGGCGAUCGAGCUGUUUCUUCAAGCUGCGCCGGAGACUUUCCGGAGAGAAAUCGCGGCGGCGGAGACGGUGGUCGGUAAGAAAGUGACAUGCAUGUUAACGGAUGCGUUCUUCUGGUUCGCGGCGGAGAUGGCGGAGGAGAUGAAGGCGUCGUGGGUUGCGUUCUGGACCGCCGGAGCAAACUCACUCUCUGCUCAUUUCUACACAGAUCUCAUCAGAGAAACUAUCGAAGUAGAUGGGCGUAUGGAAGAGACAUUAGGGUUUAUCCCAGGAAUGGAGAAGAUCAGAGUCAAAGAUACACCAGAAGGAGUUGUGUUUGGGAAAUUAGACUCUGUUUUCUCAAAUACGUUGCACCAAAUGGGUCUUGCUUUACCUCGUGCCAAUGCGGUUUUCAUCAACUCUUUCGAAGAGUUGGAUCCUGCACUGACUGAAAACCUCGGAUCGAUAUUCAAACGUUACCUGAACAUCGGUCCUCUCGCGUUACUAUCGUCGACAAUGCAGAAAGAUACACUAGUGCAUGAUCCUCACGGCUGCUUGGCUUGGAUCGAGAAGCAAUCCCCUGCUUCUUCUGUCGCGUACAUUAGCUUUGGAACGGUGAUGACACCGCCUCCUGGAGAGCUUGUGGCGAUAGCACAAGGACUGGAAUCGAGCAAAGUACCGUUUGUUUGGUCGCUUAAGGAGAAGAACAUGGUUCAUUUACCAGUAGGGUUUUUGGAUCGGACAAGAGAACAAGGAAUAGUGGUUCCAUGGGCUCCACAAGUGGAACUGCUUAAACACGAAGCAACGGGUGUGUUUGUGACGCACUGUGGAUGGAACUCGGUGUUGGAGAGUGUAUCGGGAGGUGUACCGAUGAUUUGCAGACCGUUUUUCGGCGAUCAGAGACUCAACGGAAGAGCAGUGGAGGUUGUGUGGGAGAUUGGAAUGACUAUUAGCAAUGGAGUCUUUACGAAGGAAGGAUUCGAGAAAUGUUUGGAUCGAGUUUUGGUACAAGAUGAUGGGAAGAAGAUGAAGGGUAAUGCUAAGAAGCUACAAGAACAAGCACAAGAAGCUAUCUAUGGGAAAGGAAGUUCCUUUAAGAAUUUCAAAGGAUUGUUGGAUGCAGUUGUGAAAGUUUAA